AUGAAUCAGUAUUCGCUGGCCGACGCCAUGACAGACAAGUAAGUGAUUGAUCUAUUUGGAAUCGUGUGUGUGUGUGUGUGUGUGUGUGUGUGUGUGUGUGUGUGUGUGUGUGUGUGUGUGUGUGUGUGUGUGUGUGUGUGUGUGUGUGUGUGUGUGUGUGUGUGUGUGAGAGAGCCCACUGUACCCUGGCCUUUUGUUUAGUGUGAAGUAAGGAGAUGAUGUGAUUACACUUCUGUCGCUCCUGGAAGCGUUUGGAGGAGCAUUGUAGGGGUUUACUGAUUGCACAGAGAGAAGUGUGUUGUGUUGGGGGGACGGGUGGGGUUUGGUAUAAAGACAGUCUGUUUUGCCCCCUGAAGACGUAUGACAUUUGCAUCAGGCCUGAUUUGCAUUCUUGUUCACUGUGCUGGUAUGUUGCUGCUGUUAGCUGCUCUUUAUUUCCCUGACAAAACAGUCAUGUAAAGGGUUUUUUUCAGCCUUUGCCGUGAACCCUCUCCCUCUGCUCCUUCUCUGUAGACUCCCCCCUUUUUUUUUUAUUUACGUUCCCUCUUAAUUUUUUUCCCCUUCCCCCUUUUCAUUUCUCCAUGCACCCUAUCUCUCUUUGUUUCUUUUGUCAACCCACCAUUGUCUCUUGGUUUCUUUUGAACGUUAUCUAUAAGAGAUGGAGAAUUCGGGGUGCAGUUAGCAAAAUAAUCUGCCGUCAGCGCUCAUAAUAAGCGGAAUAAGCGGUGCAAGCAAGUCAGCUGAAAGGGAUAGGUGCAAAAGCGGUCAAGUCCAGGCCUUUUAUGGGCUUAAAAAAAAGUUUGGCUUGGAACAAAACAAAAGGAACUGGUUGUUUUCAGGCUUCUGUGCUGAAUCAUGGGUGAUCACGAAUGCUUGUGCAGGACUUGGUGAUGGUUUCUAUGCGUUUGGUAAGCACUGUGAGGAAACGAGAAGGAUGUGAUUCAGCUCUUGAAUGCACUUAGUCAACCUCCGUCAUCUCUCCUCUUAUUGCUAAUGCACCUGUCUACCAUUGUGAAGCCAGAGAAAGGGGAGCAAAGGCAGAAAGCCUGGUGAGUCACUCAUUCUGUCUCUGAAUCAGGCCUCAGGGCAGCUCUCUUUGCUAACAUUAGCACUCUAUAAUGUCAGCAUAAAAUACUGUGCAUCUAGUUGGUUAGCAGGGCCAUAUAAUGCUAUUUUUGCCUGGAGGGGAAUUUCUCUUGCAAAUUAGAAGGUUGCACCACUUCAGCCAUUCCCUUUAAACAUGCAUUGCAAUUUUUACAGCGCCAGACAUUAAAUCUUGGAGGUUUUUUCAAGUGUUUUGGAUGCAGCAUAAAAGAAAAACAAGGGAAAAUGUUCUUUGAUUUGAGGACAAGAUGCAGCCGUGUUUUUUUUUGCUGCACCAAAUCAAAGUGAGCUCGAAGAGAAAGUUUCUAAGUAAGUGAUGAUGUUGUUGACAAGCUGUCCCUUUUGGAUGAAAGGUCUCCCGGCAACCAGAAAGAGGGGCCAAAGGGGGGGAAGGCGGUACUUUAUUGUGCGUCUGAUGCUAGUCCAUGUUGUAGGAUGAUUGUUCGCUGGGGGAGAAUGAUAAAUGUUACGCCAAAAGGGAAGUGAGGGGAAGAGUUGGAGGACGUGCCCCCCGAUGGUGACGGCGAACAAAGCCUCCCUCAACAUGGGACUACUUAAGAUUCAUACAAUGGCAGAAGAAGACGGCUUCUUAUUUUCUCGCUAACACACACACACUCACACAAAUACCCCUCCUUCUCUCUCUCUAGCUUGGUCAUGAGCAAACAUUUACACAUAGCGGGAUAUCAGUGGACAUUCCUGUAGAUUCAUGCAUUCCACUCGCUUUUCCCAGAAACAUGCAACUCUGCAAAAACAUCCAAAGCAAGAGGAGCCCUUUAAAUUUCACAUUUCCCCAAAAAGUCAUGUGACCGCUAAACAAUCAGCUUUCACAUUUGUUUCUAAAGUUGUUUUGCGUCUGUUUAUUUCAUGCAGAUGUUGCUUUUGACUUAGGAGUUGAUAAUCCUUCUGUACCAGGAUGCUCAGAGGAAAGUUUCCAAAGCCAGAUUUGCUCUGUGGUGCUUGUAGUCAGGGAUUCUUUCUGUUCAAAUUCAAGCCUGCGUAAUCCUUUUGAAUGCACUGCUUUAUGUGUACAUGUGUGCAAAGUACAGAGUCCAUGCGCUCUCGGUAUAGGAUUUAAAUGAGCAGGGUUUCACUUAGUUCUGUUUACUCCAGGGUUCCUUGUAUUGCAUCAUGUAGAAGAAAAAAAAAAAAAGUAGGGCAGACGUUUAACGCUCCAGAUUUACAGAAUGAAAAUAUAACUUUCAAUCACCAAAAAUUCAGUCAAAACAUUCGUCCCUGAAUCAUUAAACAGCCUGGAACAGAAAGCUGUCAGAGUCUGUGUGACUUGGCAGAGUAAGUAAAAGCUCAACCAUACCAUACGUCCACGGUUCUUUAUGCAACCGUUCCCUCCUUGUUUUUCCAGAGGAGAAUCCUCCUCCCACUCCUUCCUCCUCGUUCUUCUUUUGUCCUCUCUCUCUCUCUCUCUUCUCCGUUCAAGCACUGUAUGAAUUUGCACGCUCAAAUAUCCUCUCUCAUAGCAAACCCUCUAUUUUCCUGCUCUUUCUGUGUCCCUCUCAUUUUUCCUUCCCUCCCCCACCUGUGGUGGAGCUCGCUGACAGGCCUGUCAGAGGUUGGGAUGUCGGUAGAUGGACUGUGAGGGUGGCUGCAGCGAUGAGUGUGUGUGUGUGUGUGAGGUGGGGUCGGGGGGCUUUUACUGGAAUGACCACACCGUCAUACAGAUGAGAGGCCUCUUCCCAGUCCUCUGUAUAUGUGUUUGUGUGUAUGUGUGUGCAUCAGUCAAGGUCCCUCGUGGGUCUUUGUUCAUGUCACUCUCAGGGGAGCGAGGUUUAAGAAGUAUUAUCAGAGGCUGGUUAAGAGCUUCCUCGCUGUCACUUACAGGAAGCUGCAGCAUGUAUGGUGGUUACAGAUGUGUGUAAUUCCCAAGUGAUUUGGUCAGGAUGGAGAGAGUAGACAUUUGACACGAUAGGUUUGUUACAUGUUUAACAGAGAAUAAAGCUGGCUAGAUAACAUGUUUUUCUCUCUCUUUCAGUGCUCUCAUGGUUUUGAACUUGACUACAGAAGUCACCCCCAUCCCCUUAAUAUGAAACGAAUGUAAAAGGCUCUAAAAGCCAGGCAAUCCCCAAAAUGGUCAAAAUUUUAAAAAUAAAAAUAACGUUUUUACUGCAGAGUUAAAGCUCCUGUGAGGAGUUUUUGGACAUUUUUGAAAUAGACUUAAAAUUUACACCGAUGUCUGCUUAUGAUAUCCAAAAGCAAACGAAACCAUCAGCAACAAGACUAUAGAUUUUUUUAUAUCUUAAUUUCUAAUGCAGGAACAUUUAUGUGUUGUGUUGACAAAAAGUGCAAAAAUCUUUGGGCUUUGUGGUGGCUAAGAAAAAAGUGCUGAGUUAGAGUCUCUCGAAAUUAGCAUUACGUGGUCGACUCACCUCUGUCUGCAGAAGAGUGUAGCCUAGCCUACGUGCCUGUCCUCCAGGCAGUUUUUCAUCAAAGGAGAACUGACCAGCAUCUAUUGCAGCUCGCACAGUUUUGAGUGUAACUCAUACAGUCCCCCUUGAAAGAUGCCAAAAUACAUCGUAACACAUCGUGAUAUUAGCAUUGAUAAUUAUUUCUUCAUGGAAAUGUAAUCAGACAGAGAAACAAUGAUUAUUACUUCAGGGAAAUGUAAAAGUAAUGAUUACAAAUGUUCUUCAUUGAGCUGCAUCCCCCCGCUGCAGUAAUGGACUAGUCCGAGAUCUCGCUACAAACAAACGGCUGUUGGAAGAGAGUAGGUGAGUUGUGUUUAGUCGUCUUUGCUAAAGAAAUUAGGCAAAGCUAAAUGUUUGGUGGCUAGUGCUAUGGCUAGGACCCAAUAUGUAUGAUUGAUGAAGUUAGGUGCUGUUCUGAGCAUUAUUUGUGGCUAUAGAGUGGCACUUUGGUUGAGGUUUGUUUAUGGCUCCUCAGACCACUGUGUAUUGCUAUCGUGAAGUCUUUACUGAAGUUGGUCUAACUCAGUGUUACGGUAUGUUUGCCACCUGGACUGUGGCCCAAAAAAGAUAUAUUAAAACUCAUUAAAAACUUUGUGCCCGUGUUUUAACCAAGCCUUCACUUUGAACAAACUUUAAGAAGCAAAAGCCGACAAAACAAGUCAGAGUAGUGCGCCUGUUUAUCUGCUGUUCAUACUUUAAUCGGGGGACUUCCCGAUGGUUUAGACUGGGUUCAAAAUGGCUGAUGUAAGAGAUAAGUAUCUAGUUUGGAGACUAGAGCUGUAAGUCAUGAGACUCUGAUGUUAACUCAAGCUCAGUUCUUUUUGCAGCUCCGGGGAAAAUCAGGUGUCACAGUGGAGAGAGUUGAAUAGCCAUCCUGUCAGUAUGUUUACCAAAGGCUGCGUUUCUGAAGUAGGUCUAUUAAUAAAUUUGUUCUGGCUUGAAGAGUCUCCAAAGGACCAGCUUUGCCUGGUCCUCAUUCAAGUCCACUCAUCAAUUAAAAAAAAACCCAGACCCGUGACAUUCCCACUUCCUCUCCAGACCACGGUGUCACCGAGGGCGUAGUUUAGGGGGCACGGCUGGGCUCGACACCCACUCAGGACGUCCCGAAUUGAGACAUGUAAAGGCGUGGUGUCACUGGUGUCACAGGGAUUCGUGGGUGCAUAGUAAAAAGUCUGUAUCAGCUGUCACUGGGUUUUUGUGGGAGCAGAGGGAAGCCAAGUCAAAGUGUUUCCUAAGGAUGUCGAGGGGGAUGCACCCUUUGGCCCCCGACUCAUCAAUCUUGGGCGACUGUCAUCUCCCCCCCCCGCAGUUCAUUGAUGCUGUCGGAGGAGGCAGAAGUCGUCGCGUCGUGUAUUUGUGCUUGCUUGCAUUUCUGCCUUUUUUUUCUUUUAUUCAUUUGGGUGUCUGGAUGAGGGAGUGCAGUGAGACGGUAAAGCAAUCUUAACCCCCGACAUAUACUGUAUAUGAAACUGUGUUCCCAAUUUAAUAAAAGCGAAGCCACAGAGAAGACAAGAGCGCACAGUGUUCAUGCAUCCCCAAAGCUUUUUGUCUUAAGAUUAUCUGUUGUAAGUGAACUACCGUGUUUCUAGACUGCAGUGUAUCAUCUCUGCUUACCAUAAUCUGAUUAUUCUUUUAUACAGUAGAGCAGGGGGUCUGCAUUACUAUAGCUUACCCUACCAAAGCAAAUGCUAAUGAAUCUGGAUAUUUGGGUGACCUCAAUUCGAUGUCUAAAGACUUGCCUUCUUGUCCUGGGACAGUAUUUGAGAGUUUUCUGUAAUUAUGUGACUUUAAUUAAUUCUCAUGUGUGUAUUUUCAUUUACUUAAAGAUGAUAAGUAAGUCUCUGCUGGGUUACUAGUAGAAGUUGUCCACGAAUCACAAACUGGACCAUUGUCAAAGUCGAGUCAAAUAUGUAAGCCCAUGUUUUCCACUCAAACAGAGCUGGAUUGUGGGGGAAUGUGGGAAUAAAGCUUGUGUACUUGUGCAGGGAGAAUGUAUUCAGCCUUGUUGUAAAGGGAGGCAGUCUAAGGGAACAGACUGGAAAGUGUUGUGAAUGGAGGCCCAACCAUCUGUCACGAUGGCAAUAAGAAGAUUUCUGCUUUUCUUUAGACUUAUGCGCUCUUAUUCUAUGAACCAAAAGAAGAAAAAGAAGAAAGCUGAAGGGUUUUUUUUUUCCAGCUGACUGUUCUGUAGCUGCUUAUGCAGAUCUUUCCAGAAAGUCUUUGUUCUCACAUUGAUUCAUUAGUGAUGCAGAAGCCGGGUGCUGACACCGCACAAAAUUUUAAAGGCCCUGUAACCCAGAUUUUGAUUUAACUUUGCCUUGUUUUGUUAGGGAUGUGGUCUGCCAUGACAUUAGGGAUUUUCUGUUUUUACAGGUUUUUGCUUUUGGACUCUGCGUCCCAAGCAAAGUUUUAACCAAAAUGGUCUGAUGCAGCCCUGACGAAGCACAUCAUCGGAGUUUCCCCUCAGUAAAUGAAAACUUAGCUUGUUUUUUUUUCACCAUGCCAGUUUUACGGCUCUUGUGAUAAGCCGGCUAGACGAGGUGAUCCUCUGACAGUUGAUGUGGCUCUCGUGACAGAUUAAAGUUUUUACUCAUCCAGUGAAAUAUCCCAACAUCUACAUGGAUUGGCACAACUUUUGCUACGGAUGUUAAUGGUUCCCAAAAAUAAAAAACAAAUCCCAGUGAUUUAGGUGAUCCCCUGAUUUUCACUGUUGCAUCACCACCAGCUUAAUAUUUGUGGUUUAGGGUGAAAUGUUAAAUGGUCUAAAUGAAGCGCAUGUUUGUGUUCCCCUCAGGCCUGUUGUUACAACUUAAGACAUAUCUAGUGUCGUCAUCAGGUCAAGAUUUUUGAAAGUACAGAUGAGUGAGGGGCAGGAAAGUGUUUUGCAACUGUUUUGUAAUAGUUCAAGUGACGUCAAAGAAAAGAUGGCCAAGAAAGAUGAGACAGAGUACUGGUUAACAAGUUAACAGGCCACUGAUCCUUUCUUUUUUGUAGUUGUAUCAUACAGUGGCAGUUAUAAAGUUAUGCAAAUCUCCAAGCUGUUUAAAUUUUAAAACGGGCAAAAGUCUAAAAUGUCGAAAAGCCGAAACAACCACGCUGACUGCUCAGUUUUACUUGAGAGAAGUUAAAAAGGACAAGCGUACGAAAACAUUUCUUUCUAUCAGUUACCUAAAACAUGAUUAGCUGAUACCAAGAAGAACUGGUGGAUGCAGAUGUUGUGGAAAAACUUCAGAUGAAUUGGAUUUGUAGUAGAAUUAUUCAGAUGACAACUGGUUUACCCAAAUGGAAAAUCAUGUUAUGCUUGUAUUGGGAAAGAUAUCGAAGCUCAGUGUUUAAUUGAGAAAACUGUUUGUAUAAAAACACAAAUUGCUUUUUUUGGGGGGGGCACAUUCCUCAACAUUUCAGUGUCAAAUUAAUCAUUUUCUUAACUGUGCAACUUGUUCUUAAAAUCAAAGUUGGGCAGAUUUAAGGAUUGGCUAUAGCCGACCUCUCUUGGGAUUAACCUACAUAGAGCAGACGUAAUUCAACAGGGCUGAAGGGAGAGUGCUUUCUCUGUAUUUACAUCUGGUUGAUCCUCAGACACGGCUGCUCGCGGUCUUACGUUUCUGCUCUAAUAUCUCAGGCGGGGCUGAAAACACAGCCGGACCCCUGAAGUAGAAGACUAGUGGAAGAGGAAAUGAAACAGCAGCUGCGACACAGUCCUCAGGUUACUCACAGAAGAUAAUGUUUAUCAUUUGGCUGCUCUCCAUCCAUGUGUCCUUGAUUAUAAAUAGUUAGCACGGCAGACUGACUGACAUCAUAUGAUAUCAGGGGCUUUGAAGACAUCAGAUUUAAAUCAGUGUAAUUAUUAAAUCCAUUUGAACUCAUUUGAACGUGUGUGUGUGCGAGUGGAUGGAUGAAAUAUGUGUCUUAAUGUUUGUGUAAAUGCUCUUUAAUGGUUGAUUUGUUGUGCAUCAUGUGUUUUCACUGAUUCAUCAUUCUGUCUGCAUAACCCUGGUCGAGACAACUAACUACAUAUUCACACUCUCCACAUGCACACACUCAUACACACUGCCUCCUACCCCCUUGCAGGCAAACACACACUCUACAUAACUGUCUUGUCUGAUCUUUCUGUCUUCUCCCCCCCUCCCUAGCUUGAGGAUUUUAUAAUUCUCUCCAGAGGAAGAGCGUCGCAUCUUGUAAGGAGCCACAGGUCAGAAACUCUACUCCUCUCACUCCCUUCCCCUCCUUAUUUUUGCUGUGCAGAGCGAUACCGAGCCGCUCAAUGGCCUUGCAUGCUUCGACACGAAUGCUGCAUGCUUCCCCAACCCCCCCCUUGUAACCACCUCGGGGCUUUGAUGCUUUGUUUUACUCCCCCCCUGCAUGACCACACCUGGGCAACACAACUUUGUCUGAUUCUGCUUGGCAUUUGGUGCUUGUGGUGCAAUUUUUUUUUUUUUCGGAUGUUCUUUUUUAUCCAACAUUUUGCCGCUUGUUAUGGUUUUACGUUGGCUCUUCAAGUUUGAACCGAUCCGACAGUCGGUGUUAUCUCAUUUAGAGUCUAACACGCUGUACACAUACGCAGCUGCUUACCUCCUCUGGCCUUGCAGGCGGCCAACUUUGCUUUGUGCCUUUUCUUUGCCCCUGACUGUUUUUUUUUACGAUCGUAGCUCAGCAACUGUAACGAGACACAACAGCAGCUUGCCCAAAAAUUCUCCAAAGCCAAAGAGUGUAAAAGAAACUUUUAUCUCAGUUAGUUUUAAAGGUGUUUCUUGGAGUAGCUUUUAUACACCGACCAGUCACAACAUAUGAGCACCUGAGUAAUUUGAUGCAAACCAAUCCAAGUCGACAAAAACUGAUAAUUUAGAGGAUUUACCACAUUUUCAAUCACUUCACUGACGUACAAAAGACCAGCAAUAACUUCCUUCAACGUUGGACUGAACGGCCUAAUCUGAUUAGACUAUCAAAAUUUGGGGGCAGAUAAAGCCAGAUUGGAUUUCUGCCAGUGACUUAUCUUCAGUGGUGAGCUAACAUUAUUACUUCCAAUGCCAAGAAGUAUACAGGGAAGUAAUUCUUCAGGAUGUGAUGUGGUUUAUUCAGAAGUCUUGGAUUUCCAGUCUGAGAGGUCAGCCAAUUAAACUUUAAAAUCAAUGACGAUGUGAGAUAAUUUACAGUUUGAAAAACACUAAACCAAACCAAAAACUACAACUAAUUGACAAAGACUGUAUUAAACCUUUGGGCUUACUGUAUUGUUGCAUCUCAUUUAUGGCUCAAUGAUGCUCUAUGUUUGAUAUACAUAUGGAUAUUGGUUCAAUAUCACUGAAAUUACUCCAGAAACACAAUAAUAUGUGUAAAAAAAUGUAGAAUUCUGUCUUUGAAUCAUCAAGUAUUUCAAGAGCGUCACAGACCCUGCUGCCAAAUUUCCUUGUUCUUCGAUUAAUCUCCUUUUUCAUUGCCAUGUUUUUGGUUGUCAUGAAGUUUUGACUCUUUUCCUUCUUUUUUUUUGCCAAAACUUUUGAGUCCAAGUAGCACCAUUUAGUAGAUACAUUGCUUAAUAUCCACUUUAAUGUAAAGGCAACAUAGACGUAUGAGGACUGUGACGAUGACACGAUUUAAGUCGUACAGCUCUAUUUCUUACAAAGCGUCAUCUGACUGGAUGAAAUUUUGAUAUUCACCACACCCUGCUCUGCAUUCUUUACAUUUCCCUGCUUUUAUAUCCUUUUGCCAAAGACAUCCCUGAGUAAGUUAACUAAGUUUGCUCCAUGUGUUGUUACGGUAACUACAGAUCUCCCUCCCUCAGCUGUUUUGUUCACUCAAGUCUAAAAUCAAAGACUUCUUGUCACUAAAUUUACUUUGGAUUUCAAGAGUCCAAUCUUCCACUGUUAUUUUAAAUUGCACAUGUGCCGUGCAAGAAUGCUUGGCAUGCAUAGCAACGGUAGCUAAGGAAAAAGGGGGCCUAGCAAAUGGUUCGUUGAAGUCCACACCUGCUUCCCAGAGUCCGUGGCUUUCAUAAGUGCUGCCACAUUUCUCUUAUUACUCUUAUUAUGAAUUUGUUUUAGUAGAUUUUUAGCUUAUUCUGCAAAUCAGUAUCCACCCUCUAUUUUAAAACAGCUUUUUGCUCACAAGGAUGGAAGUGUGCCUUGAAUCAGUCGGCCACAUCACAAGAUGUCCAUGUGAUAGCUGUUAAAGAUUGAAGACUAGUCUUUGUGUUGUUUACUCCGCUCUGUGGGGUGAAGGAAACGGUGAAAUUAGUGUUUUAUGUCCCGGUAUGCCAAGUUCAGGAGGACACACUGUUAGUGUUGUGGCAGCCUGUGGGUGAUGGGCUGAGUUUUCACACAGCACUCCAAAGGAGGUUUUUGUCUCUGCUGGACCAAAAUUACCACCAUGAAAUCAGUGCCUGCUGAAGACUGUGCUGAGAGAAAAGAGGAGGAGAAAGGAGUCCUUCUUGAAGGCGGAGAGGAGAGGGGAAAAUAUAUAGCAGGGUUUUUUAGUCAUGUUUACAGCCCCUUCAAAUGUGCCAUGACUGGUGGGAAAGCCUAGUUAGUGUUAUAUAAAAGCCUAUUUGUUUCCGUCUUUCUUUAUCCUAUCGUCUUAUUUUAUGACAAAAAUCUGUAAAGUGUCAGAGGGAAACUGUAUUUCUGUUCCCUGUUGGUUGACCUAUAGAUUUAUCCUCCUCUGGGAGCUGAAGUCACCUGCACUUGGCUAUAUUGGUGAUUUAAAAGCUACUACCAAUGGGACUACCAUUCAGCCACUUGUGACCGCGAGGCCUUCAGCUGGGAACCACAAGACCUUCGGCUGGGCUUUGGCAGCUUCCAAAAAUAGUCCCACAUUAUACGCCCCAAGGCCUCGCUGGCAUCGCAGCAGCCCCGAGGAAACUACAUCAAGUGAAAGGUUUAUUACUUUGCUGUGAGGGGUGGUUUUUAUAUGACCCCGGACUAAAUGAUCCAGGAGUAUUUACUCCGAGGUAAUUAAGAGUAGGAAGGCCUUAAAUGUCCCAUCAGAGCAGUAUGCACUAUCCUUACAGUGGAUAAUCUGAAGGCUAGACCACAGUAAAAGGUUUCUAAAAUCUCAAAAGAAACUAAAAUCAUGAGAGAUCAUAACAAUCACAAUAGAUUUGACAGCCUGUGGAGUGCAGCAAUGUAGCAAACAUGGCACACAACCAGAAUCCUGACUAGGUGUGGGACGUUUUCCGGUUUUAAGGUAUUAUGGGUUUUAAAAAAUUAAGAGCAGUAGAGACGAUCAGGAGCAGGAGGAGGCAGGUGUGUGUAUUCAUGAGUGUGGCAGAUACAGUGUAAAAAUACUAUACUUGCAGUGAAAUCUGGUGUUUAAUUUGUUCAGUGUGCUAAAGAAAAGAGAUAAAGUCAAGAAUCAAAGCAUGGACAUUUCAGUGGAUGGUUUAUAAACAGUUUAUUGCUCUACUUUUUAAGUUUUUCUUAGAAGUUAAGUUUUAAAAGAGGUUUUAAGUUGCAGAAAUGUUUGUGCUACAGAUUUAAAAACCUUUUGAAUAACUUUAAUAUCAAUAUCAAUCAAAAUAAUUGUGGUUAUGAUUUUUAUUGUAAUCAAGCAGCCCUUCUAUUACCCGCGGUCAGCUCACAUACUACUUUAGUCCAUUUAGCUUUUUGUAGGCAUGUCCUUGAGUAGUAGAGAGCGUAAUAAGCAGUGUGUGGGUACUUAAAGAAACCGCUGCACCUGGUGUUGUUUUUCAGGGCAUUGAUUUAGUGAAUCAAAACCUCCCACAAAACAGGAAACCUGACCAAAGAUUGAAUGUGUUCAGAUCAGUUUGGCCCUGAUCGUCUUUUGAAUAAGAGCUGCACCACCUUUUAAUAUACUGCACAACACAGGAAAAUCUGGUGGAAUAAUGUUUUAAACCGUUCAGAAAUUUAGGACUCGAGAGGAAUCGUCAAACAUUUAAUCAAUUGUUUGUUAUUUUUAGAGUAAAAUGUUCACUAACGUCAAAGACGGCAGCUCGUGCAUUGCUUUAAGUCACAAUUGCACACAGAUAAACAGCCAGUUGGAUAAAAUUUAUUUACCUCUACUUUUCAAAAAGAGGAGCCUCUUUUUUUCCUGUUGAAUUUUUCACUCCAAAGAGCUCUGCCUUCAAACUUGGCUUCAACUGUUUUGUUUUUAUCUUUUUUUUUGAUUCACUGCAUGUGAAUUUUUGGUAAUAGUUGUCCUUUUUGUAAAAGUAUGACUCAGUUUCUGCUCCAGCUGAAGUAAGGCUCUCUUUGUACAGGUGUAAUGACUGGUUUUGCGGCUCAAAUUGCUGCCUGAAAGUCGUAUAUUUGUGAGGAUGACGACAGAGUAUAGAGCCUGCACGAGUGUAGCCGCUUUUGAGGGGAUCCUCAAAACUAAAGUUCCUGCAUUGUUAUUUCAGCGUUUUAGCAGAUGUCCACAGUAAAACUCCUCCACUUAUUUUUUCCCUUUUAAUUAGAAUAAAAAGCGGCUGGUGAUUAUGUUUUCAUGUUAAACUACAGAGGCAUAUUUAGCAGGAAGACGGGGAACACCACACAGCACUCCUUGUUCCUCCAGUUAGCUUACUUCACUGCUCCGUAUGUUUAUGGGCAGGUUUUCUCAGAUCCUCCAGAGCCAUGUGACUCGGGGAAAAGGGCGUGUUGUUUUUAAAAAGCUUGCCAUCGACAGACUAAAUAUACCCUUUACUGGACCUGACCCUUCAUUUGCCUUUGCUGUGGCCACUUUAGGUCGACAUGCUAGCUCAGCAGGGGCCCUACAACCAAUAAUUAUAUAGGAGGGUUUCCAUUUAACAUCCCGUGUGUAGUGUUGCCUUCACACAAGCUCUUUUCCUCAAUUUAGACAUUUGGGUUGUCACUGAUGGAUUACCAACAUUUAAAUUCUACCUAAUUGUUUUUCUGUACCAGUCUCCAGCUGGUUCAACAUCAAAUUAAUCAUGUACUGCAUGUUAUAAUUCAUCCUUAAAUGUUGCUUUUUGAAUUAAUGUCGUAAAUGUCGCAGAUCAAGCUGUUAAUCCUGGAUCUGGCUUUUGUGAAGUUCAACUUUCCCUCCCAUCUGUCAUCCAGGGGAGCUCACCCAGGAUAAUGUACGCUGACUGCUGCAUCAUCUGUGCAGUGAUUUUUUUUUUUUUACAUGAUUUUCUCCAUAUGACCGGCAGUGCACUGUGCAAUGGAGGCCGUGCAGCUGUUCUCAGGAUUUCGGUUGUCUUGAUGUUAACAUGAUUUGGCUUUGACACGGUGGCUUUGCACUUCACAGCUGAAGCCUGAUGUCUGUUUUCACAGAAUUCCACAGGGGGAUGAGAACACUUCAGUGCUGUUUCAUCCAGACAAUUUGAGAAAUGGACUAACGGCUCUUGAGAGGAAGGGGAGCUCACUUUUAAACUUGAUUCCUCGUGGCAGGUCUUGUGCAGAAACAGCGCUGCAUAUUAGGAGUGGACUCUCGCAUGUCAGUGCUUGUUUAUUUGAGAAAAAUCCCAUUUUGAGAAUAUCUUGGUGCCUGGUUUAUGUGAAAUUAGUCAUCAGCUUGGCAGGAAAGAAUUGUUUGUUAAUGUUGUUAAAUGGUUCUACCAUCAGUCAUUUCCCACAAAGAGUGACUUAGACUUGUUAGAACAGUUAAUUAUUAACAUUGUUUAAACAAGUUAGAUGCUUUAGCAAGAGCAGUGUUCUUGUAUUCAACCUCGAUUAAAAGGUCAGGGAACGCUGAACCUGAUUUUCUGAAUUUGAAGUAAGUUGAUGCACAAAAUGAUGAACUGGGGCCUUUCAAUGAGCACAUGAACGCAGUAUAACAAGGAGAAAUCAGUGGAGAUAGUUCAGAGGCAAUGUCACACCACUAAGGUAAGAGAUUGUGUAUGGGGAAUGGGUGGUCAAUGUAAGUUAAACCAUUUGCUCACUCAUUAUCCAACUUACUACCAGGCUACCACGAGCUGAUAUAAAAUGUUGGUUUAAACAUGUAUUGAUUUAAAAAGGAUUUAUUAAUAUAGUCUAAAAGAAAUAGUCCCUUUAGUUCCAGAGUCAGUGACACUUCCAUGGCAACUUAUUAUAAAAAACCACCUUUGGUCCAAACAAAACUUAAAGCUCCUGUGAGGAACUUUUCUUUUGUCAGUUUUGGCGCCCCCUGUGGCCAAAGCAGUCACUGCUUACUUUGUGCUCUUCAGGCUUAAGUAAUGUCUUCUGAAAUAAAACGUCUUCAUGUUGACUUUUAACAGUCAAAUGUAUUGUUUACCGUGAAUGCUUGAGGUGGAAAUUGUUAAAACAGAACACCUACCCUCUUGCACUGUUUUCAGGCAUCCAAAAAUCCACUACAAAAACGAUCAAACUUGUCACUGAUGGUCUGGUUUGUUUUUGUUUAUCAUAAUAAGGCAUCAAUAUGAAUUUCUGUCAUAAAUGUCAAAAACUAUUGGGGCACAGUGGCUCCUCGGAGAUAGGAGUCGUUAUUUCAGAAAUUUAGGUUUUACCACAUACUAACCAGUUUUUCUUUUUGACACAGUUUUGUUUUGAAGUCAGCAAAAUACCAGAUUUAGCAGAAAGACAAGUCUCGCAUGAGCUGAAGGCAUCUAGUGGACUCAAGUAUAAGCUAGACGUAUCAACAAAGUGGGGUGAAAUUUGGAGCCUAUCUGCAAAGUGUUAACAUAGUGGUACAACUUCAGACUCGCACUCAGCAUCUAUUACAGAGAGGAAUGCCUUAUCAAUCAGAGCUGUAAUGUAAUGUCUGAUAUCUGACUUGAACAUGCAGUUCUAAUGGCCCACACAAUACGGACAGGAUAGCAGCCCACCCUACUUUAAAAGCACUUGCUGAAGUUCCCUGCAUUAGAGUACUUAAAAUGAUAAUUACUCUGAUGCUUAUCCACAUUGCACUUAUGAAAAAAGCUGCGCAGCCUCUGUGAGCCCAGAGGGAGCUGUAGGAAGUUCAAUUUGCAACAAGUGAGUGAAAAAUCAAAAGGGGAGGACAUUAAAAGUCCAAAGUCUGUGAGUGUGAAAACCUUCUGGGGAACAAGGGCGCCAGGUUUUGACAAGGAAGAAGAACUCAUAAAAUACAAAGUCCCCGUCCUCUGGUCAUGGUUUCUUUAUUUAAGUUGUACAUUGCGUGUUGACAGUUGGGUGGUACCGUUUUAAGAUGUUAACCAUAACUGGCACAAAACUAUAGAAUUUUCAGCCCUGAUCAUAAGAUGGAAAUAUGAUAGUCAGCCGGAGCUGCAGCCAAUACUGACAGAGCGUAAAACCUCAGUUGUCCACACUUGAAACGUCAAAAACGGUCCAUCAGCCUGUGGGGAGACAAAACCAAACUCUGAUGCAGUUGGCAGUCCUUAAAGAUGAGCUCCCGAUCGCUGUCAUUCCCUAUAAAGAGGGAUCUGAUGCCCACAGUUGGCGUUAUCAUGUACACAUGUGAGCGUGCUCCACUCUCUGCCACACCUAACACCAAUGCAUUAAUCUGGGAACGACAUAGGGGCUGACAUCUGUCCCCAUCAGUGUGUCAUCCUCUGUGGUCUCAGUAUUUUGUUUCAAGUAAAAGCUCCCUCGCCCAGGCAACUUCUCAGACAGGCCUGGCUCCAAAUAACCCAGAAUACCCUGGGAGAAUACAAGAGCCAGACCUCGUGCUCCCAGAGAAAAUAAAAGGAGCUUGUUUUUUAAAUAAUGCAUAACAAACCUCUAGAUGCACUUUCUAAAGUCUUUUUAUAACAUGGCUGUCAAACUGCAACAUCAGAACAUGUAUUUUUAUUUCAUGAAUACAAAUACACAUUUUGUUAGGAUUUGCAAACUACAAAUUUGUGACAAAUGCUAGAAAGGAACUUUUGCUUUGUGUCAAUUUUGGGUCCCCCUAUAAACAAAGCAGUGUUUGCUUAUCUUGUCCUUUACAAGCUGAAGUAGGAACUUUUGAUCAAAAAAUCUCACCCUGCUAAAUUUAUCAAGUGAAAAAAACCCUCAGUAGUGGCCUCAGGCAUUAAAAAUGACUACAAAGAAUAAUUAAGUCAUGCUAUAGAAUUUCUGUACGCCUUCUGUAUGUUGCAUAAAGUUAUCACUAUUUAUCACAGUCUGUUUGGAAGUUAUCAAAAAUGCCUACAGAACCUUUAAGAACAUGUUUUUAAUGCCUAAAGAUAUUUUUUUAUCUCAGUUUUGAAUAUCAAAAAAAUGCAAAAUAUGGUUCACUUAAAUUAACUGCAGGAAAAUAAGGUAUUUAAGCUAAAAUUUAAAAUGUAUUUUAAGCACUUGAGAAGAACCUGGUGGCCCCUGUGGACAAAGUGAUACUGCUAGUACAUAUAAUAAACAUCCAACUUUAUCUUUACUGCACCAUAAUUACAACUAUAAAGGUUACAGGCAUUAAAAAAUAUGAUUUGUACACUGUAAGUCAUUUACUAAUAAUAUUGUUUACUUGUGUAUAUUAUAAAGAGGCCUCACUUUUACUAUCAACCUGUUUCAUUACCAGUGAAAAACUCCUCACACGAGCUUUAAUCUAAUAAAGAUGGGCUGAUGCAAAGGAUUUUAAGUCAUUCAUCGUGAACGCUUCAGUUGAUUACAACAAAGUCCAAACAUGCUGUUUUUGUGCGACUGUGAAGCUCUUUCUCGUACCAUCUGUUCCCACUGUCCUGGUACCUUCUGGUACUGUAGUUGAGCUCAAAGUGGUCGAGUUGGUUGCUUUGUGGUACUGCCUGAAAUCAAUUCACCGAGAGUCACGCCCCGUCUCUUUGCCUGUCACUUGUUUUGAGUGGAAUCUUUUCAAUCGAACCGACACUCCCAAAGAUUUAUUUACUGAAUGGUGUUACACUGUUGGACUAUUACAGCCUAAUGAGGGAGAAAAGCUGCUAAAAGUAAUUCUUCUGGACUGGAAUGUGUAUUUAAGAGAUUACUUUCUUCUUGGAGCGCCAUCUUCUGGGUAAAAUACUGCAACGUAAAUGCAAGUGGGCACAGCAGUGUGUUGGAAGCAGUUAACUUUUUAGAUGUCAGGGAGGGUUGAUUAUAUACUUGGCUUCUUUCUGUAUUAUAAUCACCCUCAUUAUUUCUGAAGCAGUCAGAUUAGGUCUUGACAUCAUUCCCACCAGUUAUAAAGUCAUACUGUGAUGAAGAUUGGUCAGAAAUCCUUGCCCGCAGCACCCUGAUUAGUAUGAACUGUCAGUUCUGUGUAAUCGUCACUCCCACAGUUGGGCGGGUGCUGCUCUACAGAUGGUGUGUUUUGAUUAGGGCAGCAGUCAUUCAAUUAAACAAAGGGGUGUAUUCUAAAAUGCACCAAAUUCACUUUCACUUUUUUUUUCAAUUCACUUGAUACAAAUAGAUUUAAGUAGACUUGUCCUGUUUGUUGUACAGUACAGUGGCUAUGGUUCAUAGAUGGUAGCUGUAGAAAUGUUUUGCAUUGUACAAAGAAGUAUUUUAUAUAGUUUUUCCAGUAAACAGGAGAAUUUGAGCAUUGCCUUACUUGGUGUGAGCAUGUCUUAAAGGUACUCUCGCUUACCGUUUCUUGCUACAGCUGAUGUGAUAUGAUCACUAUCUUGUCUCUUCUUAAAUGGUUUCAAGUAGGAGUGUCCCGAUACGACUUUUAUACUUCCGAUACGAUACCGAUAUUGUAGCCUUCAGUAUUGGCCAAUACCGAUAUUGAUCCGAUACUAGCACAAACUUGCGCAUGACAUGUUUUGCAUUCAGCUGCAACGUCUUUUUCUGACUUAAAUGAAAAAUACUGCCACAAGGCCGGCAUCACUCCGACUCCUUGCUACUUUGUUAGUACCUUAGUACAAACUGUUGUUGUGAUCACAUGGUCUCUGCAUGCUAGAUCCGGACGCUGCCAGAUAGAGGUGCCGAACCAGAGUCUGGACAGGACUGCUUGUAUCGGAGUGCUGAUUUCGGAGGUUUUAGAUGCAGGCCGAUAUAAUCAGAUAUUUGUUUUUUUGUUGAUAUCGGACCGAUAUCUGAUAUCAAUAUCUUAUCGGCAUAACCCUAGCUGCAAGUUACUAUUUAUGGCUUCACUCACUUCUGCUGUAUUUGCUUAUAAAGUAACAACAUCAUGUAGUUUUGCAUCAAAAGGAUUAACACUACAGGGAAGUCAGUGUGCAAAGCAGCUUAGAAAUGUCAGACCAAAAAAACUACUUUCCACUAAAUGAACAACUUGGAGCCCAUUUCCCAUUGCGCAGUUUUGUUUGUGAGUGGUCAGGCCCAUUGGUAAUAAAGCAACAGACGGAAGAGGGGAAAAAAUGAGAAGCAGCCUCUUGGCGUGCCGCAGCAAAAAGGAAGAAGAGCAUCUCUGUGCAUUGAUGCUGAUGAUGAGUGAGUACAUGGAAAAGAGAGCGAGCGAGGGGAGAGGGUUGAGGGGUUGGAACUGUUGGCAGGCACUGAAUGUCCAAAUCCCUCACAUCACCCUUCAUCACCCUCUGUAUCCUCACCAUCCUCGCUGCUCGCAGGAUGUGGAGCUUCUUUUUUCUGCACUCUCUGCAUUUCAAAUGAAGUGGCAAGUGUUGAAGCCACUAUGGGGUCUUAUGUGGCAAGUCACUCUACAAAUUUAUCAGGAAGUAAAACGAUCCGAGGCUGAAACUGUUGGUUUAAAGGGAUAUUCCGGCAUAAAGCUAAUUCAAGGUCGAACACACCGCAGUAGUUCUUCCACCUAAGCAUCUCGGUCUGAUUGCAUUUCCAUGAAGAAAUGAUCGUAAAUGUUCUUCCUUGAGCUGUGUCACCCCACAGCAGUGCGUAAUGGACUGACCUGAGGUCUCACUCCAAGCUUCUGCUGGAAGAGAGUAGGUGAGUUGUGUUUAGUCUCUUUACUAAAGAAAUUAGACAAAGCUAAAAAGAUGUUUGGUGGCUAGUACUCUGGCUGGGACCCUAUAUGUACUGUUGAUGAAUUUAGGUGCUGUUCUGAGCAUUAUUUGUGGCUGUAGAGUGGCUUUUUGGUUGAGGUUUGUGUGUGGAGACGUAGACCACUGUGUAUUGCUAUCGUGUGAUCAUUACUAAAGUUGGUAUAACUAGAGAAGCAAGCGGUCGGCAACAUUCAUCUUUCGAGGGGGUGUCUAACUCGGUUGACCCUUAAUUAAUUUUAUGCCGGAAUAUCCCUUUAAUAAUGUGAGGUGAGAUCACUCUAACUGUCUUCGUUUGUUAGCUCCUUUUUUAUUUUUACACUUAAUAUUUAUUCAACCAACUACAAACAGUUAGGACAUAACUGUAAAGCCAAUGCUUAUUUAGAUCUGGUUGUGCAGUGAUUCAUUAUCAUGAUCGCCAUCAAUCAACCUCAAACGUCGUGCAUGCUCUUAAAGGCUUCUUAAUGUGGCAUAAGCACAUUAAAGCUCUAUCUAGAUAAAGCUGAUUUCUUCUCCCUCUCUGAUUUUAACGAACAGGUUCAAAGUGCUCACGCAAAGAUAGGCCAAGCUCCAGUUUCCCCCCUCUCUGCCCCCUGUCCUCAGUGGGCAGCUUGCCAGUGUCUGUGCCCUGUUACCAGCACAGUGAUGGGAACCCCAAGGCCCUGAGCAGGUGUCAACCACCCUGCUCAGCCAGUGGAGCUGAGCAAGGAACACAAAGGUUUCAAAGAGACCUGCCAGCAUGGUAACCGUCUUAAAUAUCCCCGGCCAGAAUGGCCACACCUCUAAAUCUCUCAGUGGCAUCGGGUAGCCGCCAGUCUGCCCUUUCUGCUACCGUAGCACAGAGUCAAAGAGGUUUGAGGCUUUUUAUUUAAGCUUUGUUUGCCCCAAAUGGAGCUCGGAGUGGCUCUAGUGAUAAAGGGCGUCAGGAGUGCAGGGGAUAGAAGGAUAAGUCGAGUUUGAGGAUUUUAUUUAUGCAGCGUGCCACCAGAGGAUUUUUUCAGAGAGAAUUUUUGUCUGUCUGGGCUUUUCAUCCUGGAUUUAGUUUUGUUAUCUCAUCCAUUCACACUGCGCCGACGUCACACCCUCUCUCUCCCUCGGACUCUGCCUCGCAGAAACAAUUUCUGCUGCUGUCAUCAGACAUUUUAUUGUCAUUAUUCAGAGCGGCCAUUUUCCUGAUGUCAUGCCCCAAGAGGGAAAGCUCAAAAGCCGAUUUAUUGUCAUACUGCGGUGUUAAAACACACAACUUUCUGUCAUUUCCCACUACUUCUCAGUACAUUAGCAACUGAAAAAAUUAAUGAACUUAAGUAAUAAUGGUUCAAAUCAAACAUUCACAUGAACUACAACCUUCAACAAAGCAUUUAACCUUCAUCCUGGUGGUGGAGUUGGAGCAAACAGUCAGCCAUAAUGAGCAAGGUGAACGGAGCAUCUUUAUUGGACGCCUCCACUUCCAGGUCUCAUGGGUUUGUGAGAUCUGUGAAAACACCGGCUUAAGCUCCGGGUUAAGCUGUGCUGGCAUUUAGAUUGGCAAGACUGUAAAAGAACUGGAUGAGAAGAAGAAGAGGUGCCUUUUUCUCCCUCCUCGUCCUCUCUCCUCCGUCCUUCCUCCUUUCUUUCCCUCUCUCUCUGUUCAUUGUUGAGCACUCUGCAGUGAUGAUGUAGAUGUGAUGGGGGGUGGAGUGGAGUGGAGGCUACCCUCAUCUUCGGUAAACAAUAGGUCCUUGUGUGUUUGACCCCCUCUUUAGUGGAGUGGAGUCCAUGGCUCGGGUUGAAGCCGGGUUGGAAUUCCAUCUUUGCCAGAUUUUGUCCGUGGAAACCCUCACAGGAAGAUAAAAAAAAACAAAACAACCCCAGUGUGAGGCGGGUCAUUCCUCUGGGGCAAUUUGUUUUGAUUUACAACCACAUCAAUAAUCAAUUAUCAGUCUCUCUUCUUUGUCUCUAGUCGUGGUGGUCCUCAUUGAUUGUUUGUACGUGCAGAGCCUCAUGAUACAGCUCCCUUCGACAGGGAAACUGAUUACUAACCUAUAUUUGAGUGGACUGGGCCAUAAUGGUGCUACUGGGUCAUGAAAAAGUGCUUGACAGUGAUUUAUCCCCGCCUUUGUGCUGCAAUUUAAGUUAUGAGAUGUGAAACAAUGACAAAUGACCCAAUAAUCAAAGAGCUAAAAUCACUUCUUUUACCCCCCAAGAUAAGACUCUACUUAAUUUCCUUUUUAUCAUGUCCCAGGUUGUUACCUGAGCUCUUCUCAGCAGCUUUGAAGCUAUUCAAUCCUUGUUACUUCAACAUUGUGCGACUGCUUGUCUCUUCCUGUGUGAGAGGACUUUCCUAACUCAAAUCUCGUCUUACAAGACAUCCGAUAACCUCUUUACCCUCUUCAUUGCGUGACCGACCCACCCCUUUUCUACCAGAGGUGUGCUGCGGGUGCUUCACCUCCUUUUUCAGCCCAUUGAGAAAAACCAGAAAAACUUGCUUUUGAGCCAGAUCACGUUACUUUCUCAGAAGUCACCUGACCUGCCCCGACCAACGCUGGCACACAGCGAUCACACAUGCAAAAGCCCCGCAGUGCUCCCACCAGCAGCUCAGAGUCGUCUCUAAUAUGGUAAAAGCCGACUUCAUCUGUGUUAAAGGAGAGAAAAGCCAGAGUACAAAGCCGGGGUUGUGCCGACACCAACCGCACCGCUCCUUUCACAUGAUUGGAUCAAGAAAAGGAAGCACUUUAGCCUCAUUAUUGAGUUAUGUCAGUUAAUCAGUUUGUGAGUUAAUACCAUUUCACUGUUGAUAAUAUUUACCAAUCUUUCAGCCACGUCAACUCGAAUUCGGUUGACGAUCAUGGAAACAUUUGACCUCAAGAUUAUUCCGCAUGUGCCUCCUGUUGCAGUUUAUUUGGCAACAAACACGGUCUGUAUUACAAGCAGGAUUGAGAACAGAUUUAGAGAUUUAUUCUAAUAUUUAACUUAAGCUCUAAAGCAUGAGCUACUUCCCUACUUUUCUACUGACCUAAAACCCAAAAUGGUUUAUUACCAUAGAUUACCAUCUUUGACACGAAUGAGCCUCAACAAAAGGAUUCGAGGCAUAUCUAUUCAGACAAAGAGAUUUUAUUUUUUUUUAGAUUUUGUAAUAAAACACGUUGAGUUUCACUUAAAAACCAAAGACAGAAACCAGACUCUGGUGAGAAUUUGAGGUUUUACUGAAUAUGACUACGCCAACCUCCUGAGGUGGGUCUGGAUACUUUCAACAUGUACACACAUGGCCCAGAGCGUCCUAAUGGAGGCUUUAUCAGUGACAUCCUGCACCGGCAGAGAGCCGUGAAUACGCUGAAAGAUCACCAUGCUACAACAAUUGGCAAAUGGAGAACAACAGAUAUCUGAUAAGAGCAGAAAGGUACCAGCAGUGCUGUCGUCAUCAUCAUCAUAUAAUCACUUAUAUUGUCGUCAUCAUGUGAGGCAAGCAGACGCAUCGUUUAUUGUCUGAACAACAAUACAGGGUUGAAUAAGUUUCAAAUUAAGGAGGAUUUACUUAAGCUCGCAGUGUUGCAUAAUGCAAACACCGACUGUGACUGAGGUGUCAUACAUCCGUCAUAUGACACAAUACACUCGCUGCUGCAUCUGUGCGCAUUACAAACAAACUAAUAUGUAUUUCUGCCAGUCUGGGUCAUUUCAGUCCGUGAUUCAUAACGUGUUCCCAUUCGCAGAGCCAGGGGGUGAAAUCGUAUUUUUUUUCUACUCUCCACUUUGUUUUAGGAUACUCUACACCAAAUUUCAUGCUUCUAGGACUUAAAACCACAUAGUGACACUCAUUUAGUGGAUUACUUAAGCAUUGUUCAAAAAGAGGGUUUUUGGACCCCCCAUGUUGUCACUUUGUUGAGUCAGAGUUGAACAAAAAGUACAAAACUGUAAUCUUUAAUAUUAAGAGUUAAAGUAAAUGUGAUUAGCUGCCUUUCUCUCUCUCUCUUUCUCUCUCUCUCUCUCUCUUUCUCUCUCUCUCUCUCUCUCAAUUUUCAAAUUUCAAUUUUAAAAGACUUUAUUGGCAUGACAGUUUGAACAAUAUUGCCAAAGCAUUACAUCAUAACAUCAAUAACGACAACACUAACAACAACAACGUUAACAACAAAAACAAUAAUAAAAAUAAAAAUAAAUAAAAUAAUAUAAAAAUAUAAAAUUUAAAAUCAAUGUAAAAUAUAUAAAAAAUAAUAAAUAGAUCUCUCUCUCUCUUUAUAUCUCUCUCUCUCUUUUUUUCCCCUCUUUCUAAUGUCUCACUCAGAUGUGAAACCAUACUGUACAUCCAUCUGUUUUCUGAUUUUGUCGUUUAACCCCAUAUUUCUAAAAUCCAGGUCAGUGAUCAAUUUUCAGACUGGGGUCAGAUUGUCAUAAAAAUGAAUGUAAGCAGAAGGACAUAUGUGGUGCUGAAUACCAAUGAGAGUUUACUUCUUUUUUUCCAGCAAAGGAUGGAACAACAUGACUAUUGAUACAUUAACAUGAAGUAGAGAGGAUUUUUGUUCCUGAUUUUAGCAGAGUUUGAACCCCAGACUAACAUAAACUAAGGACAUGAGUUAAAAAAAAAAAAAAGGAGGUUUCACUCAAUGAUUUGUUGACAUAUAUGACAGCCUUUUAUCAAGUCUAGCAGUUACUUUCAAUGUGGAUAAAUCUGCUGAUUACACCCUUCAUUUACUGAUUUAUCACUCUAGUGUGAAUAAUUAUGCAUGCGAUAUGCCCAUCACAAUGACCUGAAGCUUGUCUAGUCUUGACAUUUACUUGACAGCUCCAGAGAGGAGAUUUUAACCGGUUGUGAAAAUAGGUUAAAUUUGCAGUUUUGUCUCUUUAUGACAUACAAAAGCAAACAAGGCUUUUAACAACAACACUAGGUGAUUUUUGAUUCCUAAAGUUUCUCACAGUAGCUUUAAUUUACAGCUAAUUGUCAAUUUAUAGGUACAGUUAAAAAGCGGUGACCACUCUAUUUGUUGAGUGGUUGUUGCAGCUCUUUUGUCCUCUGCUUAGAAUAAUUUUGUUUAAAUAAAAGUACAUGUGCUGCAGUGCGCGUGUAACAACAUAAUCUUGGUGUUUUAUUGUAAGAGAGGUAUCUUUCUUGAUUUCAUUCAAAUGCAUGUGACGUACAACACUGACCUCCUAAGCGAUACUAAAGAGGAUGAAUCAGACCUGCCAGCUCUCAGUAUGAGGGAAGUGGAUUUGAUGCCUGUCCCAUUUUAGCGUCUGUGCUGCUGCUGCAUGAUAAGAUCAGCCCGUGAGGAACUCGCUCAUCCCCAAAUGCUUGUUAAACACUUUUUUUUUUCUUCUUGCUUCAUCAGGUUUCAGUGUUUUUGUACCUCUUUUGUUUUUUGUAUCUCGCAGAGGAAACUUCACAGUGCCGAAGUUACCGGAGUCUAACAUGGGGUUUGGUGUGCUGGGGGUGUUUCUGGGGCUGCUGCUGGAGGUCUCCACCCAUGGACCCCAUGCUGUGCCUCGGACGUCCUGGAAACACCAAGGUAAGACUUAAUAAGAUUAAACUGACAUAUGUUUAAAGAUUAUUUUGAUUUGAUGUAAUGUGCAGGACUGAAAAACUGUUGAAAGUUGUAACAUGUGUUUGUGGGAUAAUAACCAGAAUCAUACGGCUGCCUAACUUAUCUGUUGUAAUGAAAAUUUAAGAACUUUUUAACUUGUAAUUUAACACUUAUUUUAAAGAUUUUAGUUUGUAAAUCUUUAUUCUUUAUUGUAAUUUUCCACCCUAGUAAAAACUGAACCAUUUCUUGUAAAAGCUCUUUCGAAACAGCUGCUGAUACAAAAUGAAACUUUUCUCAAAUCCUCAAAAAAUCCAGAAUUACUCAUUUUGGAAGUUAAAACCGGUUUGAAACCCUUUCGCUGUUUAAACAGAUCUAUUUCAUAUUCAAUUCAAAGGUUCGCAAUGACUCAGCGACACCUGUUUCUUCUCUGUAUCUGAGGGGACCGUCACAGGCUCUCGAGUUAAAGCGCUUCCUGUCAGGCGGAAGUUCAGUUUGCCAUUUACAUAAAUAGCUUUGGUAACUGAGUCGCUGUGUGAGAACCAGUGCAGCUCACCCUGUAACAAAGUCAUGUUUCUGCGCUCGCUGCGGUACCGUCACUGUUACAGUCAGUCAGUCACUGAGGGUGUUUGCUUUCAUCAUUGUGGUGUUAACGUCCAGGCACCUGCAACUCGAACCCACUCGCACCUGGCACAUUCGAGGCCAGCCAACCGCAAAAACUCUCUGCUGGGUUUGCUGUCAAUCUCUCACGACACAGAGUUCAGCCUGAAUCUUUUUCGGAAAGUGGAGGCGGUUAUAAAACAUUCAGUACUAUAUGACAGAUCAUAGUUGACUUACCAGUUACAGUGUUAAGUUAUGUGAAAGAGUCCAGGUUUAUUUAUAAGUGAGAUGAAUUCUUUUAAAAUGAGGGAGAGUGUUAGGAUUUCUGCAGCUGUGAUUUAUGAGAUUGGGGGGGUGUUCUGGUUUUUCUGUAACAUGAAGAAUAUUUCUAUUUUUCUGUGAGAAGAGCAGAGGAAAUAAGGGAAUGUUGGCAUUUGCUAAGCUAAGGAAACUGGUCAGAGAUCCCACACAACACUAGGAAGAAGUCAGGCUUAAGUAUGCAAAACUAAAACACAAAUUGAUUCUGCAAGAUUUUGGACUGUGAUUGUGUUUUUCUUCAUAGCUGAUACAGUGCAUCCUUACUUCAUGACUUUUUUUACACUGGGGCUAAUGAUGUUGAUGCUAUACAUUCACUUUUCAGGGAACUCUUCAACUGAUAAUGUAUAAUUUUAAGAUCUCACAAUUUAUUAUUAUAUGGCAGUGAAUCAUGAUGUUGUUAUUGUGGGUAAUGUAUCAGAAUCUGAUCCCUGCUACACACACUCCUACUCACCCCAAAGCUGAUAUGUGUGUCUCAAGCAUGUACUGCAUCUUUGCAUGUUCAGCAACUCCUCUAUUUUUUGUCUGGUACUGCCAAGGUUUUUCUGAAUAGUACUUAUAUUAUAAUUUAGAUUUACCGAACAUAUAAUUCAAAAAUAAAACCUAAGAAUUAAGUGAUACAACUAACUAUUUUCAAUAAAAGUGUUAGAUGUAGAAAAGCAGACUUCUGUCUGUUUCUGAGGUGUGUUCCGGCUCAGAAAGUGACUCCAUUAUUCUUAAUACCCUCAGUAGGAAGACAUAAAAAAAGGGUGUUAUUACUUCACUGCACUGUCAUGAACAUGUGUUAGCAUUUAGAGGUGUGGAUCGAAAUAUAUCAAACAGUAUUUCCAAGGUGACUGAACCAUCUUAUAAUCAGACCAAUAGAGUAGGUUUUCCCCAAAGGGACAACUAUAUGAUACUGGCAUAUCAGUUUAAGAUGUUAUGAUGAAUGCCUAUAUACACACUCAGCUGAUAUGAUAUUAGUUAUCAUAAGUAUUCAAUAAAGGUUGUGUUUCCGGUCCAACACAAGUCUAUAACUCGAUCUCCUUUUUCCUCUGAUUUCCACAAACUAACACUUAAAAAUGUUUCCACCAUCCCAAAAUCUAGUCCCUAAUUUUUUUUUUUUCAGUUGAUGUGAAAUUGUUUUAAUCAUUUUCAUACUUGUGUAACAUCAUGUAAUGGUUUGUUGUUCAGAUCUAGACCUGAUGGAGUUUUCUGAACCCGGGAUCUUCAACUACUCCACGUUGCUGCUGAGUGAGAAGAAGGAUGCGCUGUACGUCGGGGCCAGGGAGGCCAUCUUUGAGCUCAGCAAGAAGAACGUGACCGUCAAAAACAACAAGGCAAGUAAAUAAAAGGGUUGAGAUUUGUUUCAGCAAGAAGAUAGACACUAUACUUAGACUACUUAUUUUUCUAUUUAUUUAUUUAUUUGUUUGUUCGCUAUUUUAAGGUUCAAUGGAAAGUUGCAGAAAACCCUAUGAUGAUGUGCACACUUAAGGGAAAAUCAAAAGAGGUUAGUUUGACUAUUCAAAUGUUGCUCCAUUUGUCAUAUUCUAUUUGUUUGAAUCCUUUUAUAUGUCAAACUUUUAGCAUACAAUGAAAUAUUUAUGUUUUUAUAUAUUUUAUGGUAUUUUGCUCUCCAGCGGGAUUGUCUAAACUACAUCCGAGUGCUCCAAGUGGUAGAUGAUGAGCGGCUGUAUGUCUGCGGCACUCACGCCUUUCAACCUCAGUGUGACUACUUGGUAUGUUGACGCAUCAAGUUAACGCUUAAGUUUCUUACCUAUUAUAAGAAAAUUCACUGAACUUGAAUCCUAAACCUUUCCCUCCAGAAACUUGCUGACUUCUCAUUAGACGGCCGGCCUGAGGACGGCAGGGGGAAGUGCUCCUUUGACCCCUCGCAAAGCUUCACCACUGUGAUGGUUGGUGAGUUGAGGCCAGUUUCAUCCGAAGAGCAUUUUUGGUGGCGAGCCCUGUGGUAAAACGCAUAAUAAUCCCCAAUAAUCUCUGGUUUUUGAGAGCUUUUUUCUGCUUUUCGGUCAGAUGGCGAGCUGUACUCAGGGACAUCUUACAACUUCUUAGGCAGUGAACCGAUUAUUUCCAGAUACUCGCCAUCCCAGUCCCUGCUGAGGACCGAGUACUCCACAUCAUGGCUUAAUGGUGGGUUUUGGCAAAAUCUCUAAGUGACAUAUUGUUAUGAUUCAAAGAGAGGAUUUUAUUCUCAUAAUACACCUCAACAAAGCUGUUACAAUAGCACUUCAACUAACCAUCUCCUUUCACCGCAGAGCCCAGCUUUGUCUUUGCUGACGUGAUCAGAGACGGCAGAAACAGAGUGGACGGCGAGGACGAUAAAAUCUACUACUUCUUCACGGAGGUGUCGGUGGAGUACGAGUUCUUUGGCAAGCUGCUCAUCCCCAGGGUGGCGCGCGUCUGUAAGGUCGGUACACGUCACACACCAUCUGCGCUACCCAGCAGCCUCCCUAUUUAGCCUGCAUGCACCUGUGGUCUGUGUGUGCGCUCGUUUCUGUUCAAAUCCCUCCUUCUCGACCUUACUUGAUCUUCAUCAUGAAACAAACAAAUAACAGCGAGUAUAGUAGUCGUGUAACAUGACGCUAAAUGACUCCAGCAAAGAUAUUGAGGACAUCUCAGUCAAGGAGCUUACAUUAUGAUUUUUGGGUUUAGCUGACGCAUGAAAUUUGGCAUCCAGACUAGAGAAAGAACAAUUUAUCAAACAUUUGUUGAAUUUUUGUUUGUAAUCAGGCAUCAAAUUGACAUUGUCCCUCACAAGGCCGUUAUCACCCUUACCUUCUUGUACAUCAAAUCUUAAACAGCCACAGAUGAGUGAUUUAACCCUCACAUACUGUUCAAAUCCUGUACCCUCACAGUAUGUUCCAGGUCAAAAUUGCCCCUUCAAAGAGUUCAAAGAGCAGCUUUCUGUCACAGAAAGUUCUCUUGACUAGUUCAGUCAUUUUGACCUCUGUCUAGGUGUGUCUGUGUGACUGUAUGUCUGUGUGCCUGCGUGUGUGUGUGUGUUUCUGUCAAGGUAAUGAUAGUUUCAUAGUGAUUUGAAUAUAUCUUUUUGAACAACAAACCUUAAAUUGAACACGGUUGUUACUGUUUGUCACUUGUCCCACACUGCUAGAUCUGAAAUCCAUCUAAAUAUAGAUACAGGUCAAAUUUGACAUGUAACAGCCUUAGAGGGGAAAAAUUUGUAGCACAUAAACAAAAAUACACAUUAAUAUUUUUAAAUUAAUUUCAUGUAUUUUGGGCAACUUCAGGAAAAGUCAUCAAGUUUCAGGCUUUAAAAAUGAUGUUUAGGGUAUUUUUUACUGCUGUUAAAAGUCAAAACGGGUCAAAUUUGACCCGAACCGUAUGUGAGGGUUAAUUCAAGAAAUUUUAUUAACAACCAUUUUCUGAAAUCUUUAACACGACCCAAAAUACUGAAACUCACAAAUCCAGCAUUGUUUAUGUAGAUUAUCAACUGUAAAUAAACAUAAACCUUGAAGAGUUGGUAUGUGAUUGUGUAUUUCAGCCUCAGUGACGCACAUUAGUAAUAAGGUAGAACAGACACGAUGUUUCCUGGAAGGUAAUUAAGUCCAGAGAGCGGCGUAGCUCCUCUUGCUGCUUCUUGUCCAGCUUAUUGCUUUGGGAAAGCGUUGAUAACUGGAGGCGUCUCGGCGAUGAUAUCUCUUGUUUUUAUAAAUAUCCAAACUUGAAUAUGCAGACAGUAACCAAACACUGUUCAGACAGACUGUAUCAAUAAAACAUACAUUGUCUCGUCGGUCCUCGUUUCCUUUUCUUUCUUCCUCUCCCCUCGUCUCCUAACGUGUUAAUGCGCCUUUUAUUUCCACAGGGUGACCUCGGGGGUCAGCGCACUCUGCAGAAGAAAUGGACGUCCUUCCUGAAAGCCAAACUGGUCUGCUCCAUGCCCGAGCUCAACUUCGUCUUCAAUGUCGUACAUGACGUUUUCAUCCUGAAGGGGGCAGACUGGAGGGAUACAGUUAUCUACGGGGUCUUCACCUCCCAGUGGUCAGUGAUUUUAAGACGUAUCGGCCUUAAAUGAGUCCAUUCCUCCUCCUCCUGCUUCUCUCCUGACUCCAUUUUCAUCUGUGUCCUCCAGGGGGAACGUGGGUUUGUCUGCGGUGUGUGCUUACAACAUGACGGCUGUGGAAGACGUCUUCUCAAAGGGGAAAUAUAUGCAGAAGGCCACAGUGGAGCAGUCCCACACCAAGUGGGUCCGCUACAACGGUAUCACUCCGUCGCCACGUCCUGGUGCUGUAAGUGAACUUCAAUCAAAACUUUGUUGAGCAAAUGUCAUGAAUAGACAGAAAAAAGUCCAACAUACUUCAGCCUCUUCUUCAGUAUAUUUAACAAGAUGUCACACAAAGUGAAUGCAAUCAGGUUUGUCAUAAAUAUCCUCUCUGUUUUUCUCCAUUUCCCUCCAUCAGUGUAUAAACAACCAGAUGCGACAGCAGAACAUCAGCACCUCCCUCCACCUCCCAGACAAGACCCUCCAGUUUGUAAAGGACCACCCGUUGCUAGAGGAUCCAGUGCUGCCCAUCGGCAACGGGCCUCGCCUCAUCACCAAAGAUGUCAAUUACACUCAGAUCGUGGUGGAGAGGGUCCGCGCACUGGAUAAGAACAUUUACGACGUCAUCUUCACCGGAACAGGUAAAAAGGCGCAAGUUUGUGGAUGAGAAGGACGUCACAGGACAGCAUGAUGACUAGUUUAAAACCCCCAGAGAAGAAAAAAAUCAUUUUAAUCAGAUUCAUUUAACAUCUUGUGUUUUUAAGAAGUUAAAGUCUGACUUCUAGAUUUUGUCUUUUUUUUUAAUCAGAUAAAGGAGUCCUGCACAAGUCAGUGGUGUUUGAAGGAGAGGUGCACAUUGUGGAGGAGAUUCAGCUUCUGAAAAACUCUGAGUCCAUCAAGAACCUGCUGCUGUCGUCUGAGGUCAGUGACUUUUCUAAAACUGUCAGCGAGAGAGACAACUGUGGCGCAAGUGGUCAGCACGUACACACGACACCUACGCUGCAUGAUGCAGACUCGUGUUUCUGCUUUCUUCGCUUUGAUGUAAAUAGAGAUAAUGAAGAUAGAAACACUGAUCAGUAUGACAGCGUGUUUAUAUUUGGAGGUUAAAAGUCUAAACCCACAAGUUUAUUUUCUGAUAUGCUUAUUUAGCUGUGUGACGUUUCUUAAAGAGAAGUUGCCAAAAUGAUGGUGUGACAGCAAAACCAAGCAGUUUCAAAAUCAGAUGAGACUGCAAGUUUAUCUUUCCUGCUGUGUGUGCGAGUGCGUGUGCGUGUGUUAGUCUGGAGCUGCAGUGUUGCUGGUUAUAUAUAUUUUUAAGGGUUUGUCUGAGACAUCUGAACCUGUCGGAUCUCCUCAUAGUCGAUAAAGCUGUCAUUCACAUAGUAAUAUUUGCUUCCACAGACACGCUCCCUGUACGCCGGUUCAGACUCAGGUGUGGUCCAGUCCCCCACGGCCUUCUGCAGCAGGUAUCUGUCCUGCGAUGACUGCGUCCUGGCUCGAGACCCAUACUGUGCCUGGGACCCCCACAGCGCCGCCUGCGUCAACAUCUUUGAGGUUCCUAGCCAGCGGCAUCGGUGAGUCACCAUAAAGCCAGAGUGACGGCGCACGUCCUCUCUAUCACCUCUCUAUCUUUUUUCCUUAAUUCCAGUCCUCUGCUCAUGCAUUAUUCAAAACCAAACCACCAUGAAGAGAAGUCUUAACUCCAUCCUGUCUGACCUGCUUUUGCUGUGUCAGAAGAGGUAGCUCUCCAUCCUGUGUGAAACUGAUGUUUGUUUGUUUGUUUGUUUUUCAGGAGGUUGAUCCAGAGCCUGAAUGGUGAUGCAGACAAGUGUCCCUCAGGUAGGCAAAAACAUGCACAAUGAAAGGGAAACAACAAGAUUAUGCUUGUUUUCUCCUCGACAGAGUGUUAUCUGAGUGAGGCUCUCCAGACUGGUUCAGAUGUUGAUUCUGGAGGAGAUGAAUUCACUGAUGACAGAUACGGUGGUCUACAGGGAAAGGAAAUAGGGAUUGUGCACUGAUAUGACUUUGCUCAUGAUACUGAGAGGGCUGAUUUAUAAAACACAAAGAAAGUAUGUUAAAAAAUUCAAGUAUAUUCUACAAUGUGAAACAAAUCAGAAUGCAGGUUAUCGUCUUUUCAGCUAUGAUGCUUGGGUUUGCUGCAGAUAGUGCUAGCCAUGCUGUAAAUGGAGCGCACUCUGCUGGACAAACCGUAUGAUGACACCAUUUUUAAAUCACCUUGUGGAGUUUUAUAUCACAGCACAUGUUAGAACAGAAAUAUUCUGAUAUCAGUGUUUUUCAGAGCUGAUAACCUACUGACAAAUACAGGCAUCACUCUGUUGAAGUCCAGGUUGUUUUGAUAGCUCCUUCAGCUAGUCUUGAUGAUACCCCAGAGAUUCUCUUGUUGGUCGAGCCUUGUAACACCAUGGUCAGUAAAUCAGUUUCUGGUAGUUUUGACGCUGUGGGCAGGUGCAGGUCCUGCUGGAAACGAACUCUGUAUCUCAGGAGGUAGAGCGGUCGGCCAAUAACUGGAAGGUUGGCGGUUCAAACCUCACCCUAUCCCUAGUCUGUCCGUUGUGUCCUUGGGCAAGACACUUUAACCCACCUUGCUCCCAGUGUGUGUCCUCAUCUGGUGUAUGAUUGGAGUGUUGUAUGUUGGUGGUCGGAGAGACCGUAGAUGCAAACUGGCAGCCACGUUUCCAUCAGUCUUGAUGUAUUUGACUUUUAACCAGGCCAGAGUCCAGCUGCCUUCACACUCUCUCUGUUUUGCCUCCCAGUGUCAGGCCGGUCUCCGAAGGACUACCAGAGUGUGACGGUGAAACCAGGGAGCUCUGCUGAGCUGCCCUGCCUGCUUAAGUCCAACCUGGCCCAAGUGAUUUGGAAAUUCAACGGUUCAGUCCUCACCGAGGCCUCCCGUUUCCACUUCAUCGGUGAAAACGGUCUCCUGAUCUACAGCGUGGCGCCAGAGGAUCAAGGCAGCUACGAGUGCUGGUCGGUGGAGUGGGCCCCCGCUGCUGGAAAGAACUUCACCCGCCUUCUGGCUGCGUAUGCCCUGAUUCUGGAUCUCCCUCCCAGGCCCCCUCACCAGGCAGGUCAUGUGACCACCACCCUCGGCAGCCAGGAGUCAUCUAGCACACAUGCAGCUGAAGGUAAUGGUAAGACAGACAGAGCCCCUCUAACUUCAGCUCUCGUCCCCCCAAGCUUCACAUCCACAGUCCAACUCACCUCCCCUCCCCAGACUGACUCAUCACUAACCCCGCCCCCCAGCAGCACAAUCAAGCACCAGACAAAGCAGCAUCUUCCCCACAGCUCCAACGCCCCCCGCCCAGACAGCCUGGACCCAUCGGCUGAAUAUCUAGAGCACAACAACAGCACCGCUCUCCUCUUCCUCUUCCUCCUGUUUUUCCUCCUCUUCCUGGCCGCACUAGUGUACAACUGCUACAUGCAGUACCUCCCGGCGCCCUGUCUGCGCUUGCGUGCCGCCUUGCUGGGCAGUCACAAGAAUGCACAUCAGCCGGAGUAUCUCUCCUGCGAGGCGGGGCUGAUGGAAGCCUCCGCGACCGACAAAAUCAACAUGACGGAGCAGCCCACGCAGAACGGCAGCCAGACCUCGCAAAAUCUGAGAGCGCUCCGAGACACCGGGUAUGAGACGGAGCCCGAGUGCAGCAACGGUCAGAUCCCGUCUCACAGUUUUGGGGGCGACAGCCCGUCUCAGGAGAAACCUUUCGAUGUGGACUGUGAAUCUCAGCCCAUCCAGUUUGCAGACGCAGAUGAAGCUUACUGA